AGCACGGAUGCUUGAGUUUUCUAACGUUGAUGUCCUCCGAAGAAACCAUGUUGGGGAUUGGGGCACUCAGUUUGGGAUGUUGAUCCAGUAUUUAUUUGAAGAGUUCCCUAACAGGGAAGUAAAUGAUCUGGAUAUCAGAUAACUUCAGGUAUGCAGACUUGAAGAACAAUAGAUUGACCAAUUACACCUUCAAUUUUGAUCGGAUGCUCAAUGACAAGGGAAAUACUGCUGUGUAUCUACUGUAUGCAUAUGCUCGAAUAUCUUCCAUCAUCCGGAGAUCUGGUAAAGACAUUGAGCAGUUGAAGAAGGAGGGGCAACUAAUCCUGGAAAAAAAUGAAGAACGCGCACUGGGAUUACAUCUGCUCCAGUUUGCUGAGGGCUGCCAGUGGGUUUGA